CAAUGAUUUAGUAGCUUAAGUACUGAGGAAGAGAGUAAGUAGCUCUCGAAAUACGUAUUUACUGACUAUCUGGCAUCUGGCAACGUGGGCCGUAGCACCGCAACUUUCUUCACCACAUUCUCUGCUCCAGGUAAAAAAUGUCGCGUGUAACAAAACGUAAACAUGUUAUGAGGGAAAUGUUCACUGAUGGUUUUGAACUGCCGAAAGAAAACCAGCAAAUUGUCCGAGUAGUGAGCAGUCGAGGAAACAAUCUGCAUGAGGUCGAACCGGCCGCAGAUGGCGGACAUUUUCUGGUUUCGAUGCCAACUAAGUUCCGCAAAACCAUUUGGGUGAAACGCGGCGACUUUGUCCUAGUCGAACCUAUUGAAGAAGGAGUUAAGGUCAAGGGAGAAAUGUGUAAAAUCUUGACAGCCGAGCACGUAAAAGAGUUUUCAAAGGAAGGAAUCUGGCCGAGGAAAUUCACCAAGAAGAGAGAGCUAGAGCAAGAAGACGAUGAACUUUUCCGCAAUGUCAAUAGGCGCUACGAGGAAUCUUCGGAAGACGAUUCGACAGGAAGUGACGAAGAAGGCAACUCUACGGAGGAUGAUGAAACCCAAACAUAAUUGUGAUUAAUUAUUAAGAAAAAAAAAACAAUAAAUGAAAAUUGCGCACGUA